AUUUAAUGAUCACAUAAAUUAUAAUGACUAGAAAAUUAUCAUUUGACUUGAUUCGCAAAAACACGAAAACCCCACAUGACAUGGAAGGAAAUGUAGGUGACCAGGGUAUUAAAAAUAAUAAGUUUCAACUAAAAUGGCCAAAAUGGUUGCGAAAGGAUACAGAUAAAACCACAAACAAAGAGGACAUAGAUUUGGCAAAAGAGGUGACAAUUGAGGAGCACUUGUAUACACUAAACAAGUUGUGCCAAACACUGGGCACGAGCUGCGAGUCGGGUAUCAGUGAUAGUGAGGCCGAUGUGCGCCUUAAACGGGACGGACCUAACGCUUUCACACCACCCAAACAGACCGCGUGGUAUAUACUACUGGGCCGGCAGAUGACCACCGCGUUUGCCAUUAUUUUAUGGAUUGCCUCUAUCAUCAGUUUUGCGUGUUAUGCGAUUGAUACUAACAUUGAAUAUAUUAUUGUCGGAGUAGCACUGGCCCUAGUGGUGAUAAUAACUGGAACAUAUUCGUAUUCACAGGAAGCUAGCAGCAGCAAGAUUUUUAAAUCGUUUAAAAAUAUGAUCCCGCAGCCGGGAUACGGUCUCCACUUUUGCAGUAGACUAGAUCGCCGACCACUAAUAGGUUGGCCGGAACUUCCUUUCGCUGCCCACCCCUGA